AUGGAUCAGGAAGUCGAGUCCUCCGAGGACAAAGACAGCGUCUCUGUCGACGUCUACCCGGAAACUUUUCCGGAUUUCAAUCAGGCGAAAAUACCGUCAACCUCUGCGUUAAGCGAAGGAAGCCCGAAGUCCGAGGUCGCGACGAAAUCAGGUUACCAGCCGCCCAGUGAGGAAGAAAUCCAAGCGGCGAUACGACGCGCCAAUCAGUACCAGAACCAUCCCGUCACAAACGGACCUCGUCGCAGACCCGGAGCAAGCGGUGGCCGACAGAGGAGCGCCGAGGUAUCAUUCCAGCUCCCUUCUGCGCAUCCCAACCACCAGCCCCAAGCACAACGGCCGGCUCCUUUCGCAACCGCGCUGCCGACCAGCUCCCCUGCCACCGUCGCGCCGAGUCCUCAUUCCGGCCGAGGUCGAGGCAUCUCAGUUCCAGGCAGGUCGGGUUACAUCCCCACUCUCCCCCCUUUAAGCACUGAACGUCCCCACGCUCUCAACGUCGGCCAAACGCGACCUAUCGUCGUUGGAGGCUACGACAAUCCUCUUGAAGAGCAUCGCCAGAGAGUCUUGCGACGUAAAACCGCGGACAGAUUAACACUCGAGGCUUUCCUGGAAGAGUCUCGUCGUCGGGCGAUUCAGCAGCGCCCAAGCCCCCGACCGUUGCCCGAGCCGCCCACUGCUAGCAGUAGCAGCACCCGCACAGCAGCUGUCGCACACGACCGUGCUUUUCAAGCCCCUCCCCCCACUCAGCAGCACGACACUGCUCCACCGCACCCUUCGCCUCUACAGUCGAACCCGGUCGCUUUCAACCGCCAGGAGCCCUUUCCAGCGAUCUCACGUCGCCGUUCCCGGUCUGCAUCGCUGACAAGUCCCUCCAACCCCCCUCCAUUCGUCUUUCCGGGACCGACUGGCAAUCGAUCCAUCCCCGAACCCAUCAUAGAGGAGCCGUGCGCAGAAGCCGACGAGCUCGACCCCGCUGAGGAACCCGAGGUUCGCACCGCACAAACCGUCCGGCUUGUUCGACCAUCCGACGACCCCGCCAAAUACUCAUCCGACGUUUCUCUCCGUGGUGGGAGCUUGGACUACGAGGAUUUUGCCGACGAGCUCGACGGCUUCGACCCGGAUUACUACGAGUCCGACGAUCUUGAGUACGAUCUGGACCAGCCGACCGACGAGUUCAACCCAGACGUCUCUUACGAGUUCGAUCCCUACGAAGUUGAGGCAAAUUCCAAAGUCCGCACUCAGAUUCUCAACAAGAUGGCGAGCCACAUUCCCCGGCCCGGCCCGGCCAACCUCUCGCCAAACGCAGGUUUGGAUGAGUGGCUGGAGGAAGCCAAGCAGUGCCAUUACUUGCCUGAGCGCGCCAUGAAAGAGCUUUGCGAGCUCGUCAAGGAGGUUCUUAUGGAGGAAUCGAACAUCCAGCCGGUGAGCACCCCGGUUACGAUUUGCGGCGAUAUCCACGGCCAGUUCUACGACCUCCUCGAGCUGUUCCGCGUCGCGGGUGGAAUGCCCGGCGAAACCAGAGUGGAGGCGCCCAAGACUGCGACCACUGUCAUCAGCCCCGAAGACAUCGAGCCUCCUACCGAGAUCACGAACCCCAAGCUCAAGAGAAAGGUCAAGAAUGCCGGAAGCCCUCCUGCCGAUGAGGACGAUGAGGACGAUGCUGUCGCCGCCGACACCAGCGCUACUUCCCGAGCCGAUUCUGCCGUCGAGGUUUCCGCCACCUCUCAGUCUGCCGAGACCCGCUUCGUUUUCUUGGGUGACUUCGUCGACCGCGGCUACUUCAGCCUCGAGACAUUCACUCUUCUCAUGUGCUUAAAGGCCAAGUACCCCGACCGAAUUGUUCUUGUCCGCGGCAACCACGAGUCUCGUCAGAUCACCCAGGUCUAUGGAUUCUACGAGGAGUGCCAGCAAAAGUACGGAAACGCGUCCGUUUGGAAGGCUUGCUGCCACGUCUUUGACUUUCUGGUCCUCGCCGCCAUUGUCGACGGCGAGCUUCUUUGCGUUCACGGCGGCUUGAGCCCCGAGAUUCGUACCAUUGACCAGAUUCGGGUUGUUGCCCGCGCCCAGGAGAUUCCCCACGAGGGUGCUUUCUGCGACCUCGUUUGGUCUGACCCGGAGGACGUCGAGACCUGGGCUAUCAGCCCCCGCGGCGCCGGUUGGCUCUUUGGCGACAAGGUUGCAACCGAGUUCAACCAUGUUAACGGCCUCAAGCUGAUUGCCAGAGCCCAUCAGCUCGUCAACGAGGGCUACAAGUAUCACUUCCCUCAAAACUCGGUCGUCACCGUUUGGUCUGCUCCCAACUACUGCUACCGUUGCGGCAACGUCGCAUCUAUCAUGACAGUCGACAAGGACAUGAACCCGAAGUUCAGCAUCUUCUCCGCUGUUCCUGACGACCAGCGUCAUGUCCCCGCCAACCGUCGGGGACCUGGUGACUACUUCCUCUGAAGAGUCUUUUUACUUUUCCGAAUUCUGGGGACAUGAAUGUGAAUCAGUAGUACACUGAAGCACUGGAAUUCGCGUCCAGAGGCUCCUUGUCUUGCGUGAUACCAUACACAUUUCCAUCGACCGCUGAAACGAAGCGGCCAAGCUCUGGAUAGAGACGGCACGCCUCACGUUUGUCUGAGUAUACAGAACCGACAUGAUAACAACCACAGAUCCUGAAAAGGAGCGAAGCAGCAUGUUGUGCAGCUCAGCAUGACGCAUGAUGACGAGAGAUGGUUUUACUUUUUGCUGCAGACCGAAAACUUUUGCUCUAAACGGUCUGCGGUUUUCACGCAGCAUUAUGGACUUGAUACGAGUCCACGAGAGGGCUCGAUUGAAUCAUAUUCGCGAUUUCUGGGCAUGAGCACUGAGGAUUCCACUGACUGCCACUUGCCCUCCGGCUCGGUUCAGUCAAUUUUGAAAGGAGUCACUCGCUCGUUUGCUCGGAACGAUCACGGAGGGUUUGGAGACGGGAGUCCCAACUUUAGCUCUCUCUCUCUCUCAUUGAGAUAGAGUGGAAGAGAAAGGAUGGGUUGGAUGGCUCUGGGACGUAUGUGACGAUUUGAUGCAUGGAAUAGAGGGCGGGGAAGACCUUCUUGUAGAAUUAGGUUACUUUAGAGUGGUUCAAUACCCAUACAUGCUGACAC